AAAAACACACACCACGCGCACACGCGCCCACAGUCACCACCUUCUUCUUCUUCAUCCUUUCUUUUCUUACAUCUGUAAUCAUAUUCCCUCCCUGCACGUUAAACCCUCAGAACCCCCACUCUCUCUCUCAUCACACCACACUUUCUCUCUCUACAAAUCUUCAAAAACCAUCACUCAAAUCUAAACAAUUCAACUUCAAUAUGGCCAGCCGGCAGCGUCCGCCGCCGUCCGGACCACCGCACCGGUCACCAGACCACCGUAACUCCACCUACAACAUAAUCCCCAUCCACAACCUUCUAGCAGACCAUCCAUCCCUCCGUUUUCCCGAAGUACGCGCCGCCACCGCCGCUAUACGCGCCGUGGGAGACCUCCGGAGACCACCUUUCGUCCCAUGGCAGCCACACUACGACCUCCUGGACUGGCUCGGCUUGUUCUUCGGCUUCCAAGCCGCCAAUGUCUCGAACCAGCGCGAACACCUUGUCCUUCACCUCGCCAACGCUCAGAUGCGGCUCCAGCCGCCGCCGGACAACGUAGAUACCCUAGAUCCCACCGUUAUCCGCCGUUUCCGACGUAAGCUUCUCAACAACUACACUCACUGGUGCUCCUUCCUCGGCCGUAAAUCCAAUAUCUGGAUAUCCGAUAACCGACGCUCAACCGAUAGCCGCCGUGAGCUGCUAUACGUAGCUCUGUAUCUACUUAUUUGGGGUGAGUCUGCUAAUCUUCGGUUUAUACCUGAAUGUAUUUGUUACAUAUUUCAUCAUAUGGCUAUGGAGUUGAAUAAGAUAUUAGAGGAUUAUAUUGAUGAGAAUACCGGUAUGCCUGUUUUGCCCUCCAUAUCGGGGGAGAAUGCGUUUUUAGAACAUGUUGUUAAGCCGAUUUAUAAUACCGUCAAGGCGGAAGUUGAGAAUAGUAGGAAUGGAACUGCGCCGCAUUCUCACUGGCGGAAUUAUGAUGAUGUUAAUGAGUAUUUUUGGAGUAGGAGGUGUUUCGAUAAGCUCAAGUGGCCGAUUGAUACGGGGAGUAGCUUUUUUUGGGGGGCGGUUAAAGGGAAGACGGUUGGGAAGACGGGGUUUGUUGAGCAGCGGUCGUUUUUGAACUUGUUUAGGAGCUUUGAUAAGCUGUGGAUUAUGUUGGUUUUGUUUUUACAAGCGGCGAUUGUUGUGUCGUGGAAGGAACGGUAUGCGUAUCCGUGGCAGGCCUUAAGGGAUAAGGAUGUGCAAGUUAAGGUUUUGUCGGUUUUUAUUACAUGGAGUGUGUUGAGGUUUGUGAAGUCGGUUCUUGAUGGUUUGAUGCAGUAUAAGUUGGUUUCUCGGGAGACAUUGUGGCUUGGGGUGCGGAUGGUGUUGAAGGUGGUUGUUUCCGCGAUUUGGAUAGUUAUUUUUGUGGUGUUUUAUGUUAAGAUUUGGGAUCAAAGAAACCAUGAUCGCCGGUGGUCUCCUGCAGCUAACCGGAGAAUCGUAACGUUUCUCGAGGCCGGUUUUGUGUUCUUGAUCCCUGAGAUUUUAGCCCUAUCGCUCUUCUUUAUUCCAUGGAUUCGCAACUUUCUCGAAAACACGAAUUGGAGAAUUCUUUACAUGGUCACAUGGUGGUUUCAGAGCCGAAGUUUUGUGGGUCGAGGGCUCCGUGAAGGUCUAGUAGACAACAUCAAAUACUCGCUUUUCUGGAUCGUGGUUCUCGCCACCAAGUUUUGUUUCAGUUACUUCAUGCAGAUAAAACCGAUGAUCCGACCCACUAAAGAUCUUUUAGAUCUCCAAGAUGUGACAUACGAAUGGCAUGAGUUCUUCGGUAACAGCAACAGGUUUGCAGUCGGGCUUCUUUGGGCACCGGUUGUCUUGAUUUACCUAAUGGACUUACAGAUUUGGUACUCGAUUUAUUCAUCGAUUGUCGGUAUGGGGGUCGGUUUGUUUAACCAUCUAGGCGAGAUCAGAAACAUGCAGCAAUUACGAUUAAGGUUUCAGUUUUUCGCUAGUGCAAUGCAGUUUAAUCUCAUGCCUGAAGAACAAAUGUUGAAUCAAAUUGGAACCUUCAAGAGUAAAUUCAAAGAUGCGAUUCACAGAUUGAAACUGAGGUACGGGUUUGGCAGACCGUUCAAGAAACUGGAGUCGAAUCAAAUCGAGGCUCAGAAAUUCGCGUUGGUAUGGAAUGAAAUUAUUUUGACUUUUCGAGAAGAAGAUAUUGUUAGCGAUCGGGAAGUUGAAUUGCUUGAAUUACCAGAAAAUACUUGGAACGUUAGAGUGGUUCGGUGGCCGUGUUUGUUAUUGUGUAACGAGUUGCUUCUUGCACUUGGCCAGGCUAAAGAACUAGUUGAUGCGCCUGACAAAUGGCUUUGGUAUAAAAUGGCUAAAAACGAGUAUAGACGUUGUGCGGUUAUAGAGGCUUACGAGAGCGUAAAACACCUACUGCUCACGAUAGUAAAGCUCAACACUCCCGAACAUUCCAUCAUCACCACUUUCUUUCAAGAAAUCGAUAAUUCGAUCGAGAUAGAAAAGUUUACGAAGACUUUUAAUAUGCUAAUGCUUCCAAAGCUUCAUUCACAGCUCAUCACACUUGUGGGUCUGUUAAUAAAGCCCGAGAAAAACAUUAACAAAGUGGUGAAUACGUUGCAGGCGUUGUACGAGGUUGCCACACGGGAUUUCUUUAAAGAUAAACGAAACAUGGAUCAGUUAAAAGAAGACGGUUUAGCCCCUCAAAGGCCUGUUUCCGGUGGCGGGCUGCUUUUUGAAAACGUUGUUGAGUUACCCGGUUCGGAAAAUGAGAUUUUCUAUAGACAAGCAAGACGGUUACACAUGAUUCUUACUUCUCAUGACGCGAUGAAUAAUGUUCCUGUGAAUCUCGAGGCUAGACGAAGAAUAGCUUUUUUUAGCAACUCGUUGUUUAUGAACAUGCCACACGCUCCACAAGUCGAAAAGAUGAUGGCGUUUAGUGUUUUAACACCUUACUACAAUGAAGAAGUUGUGUACAACAAAGAACAGCUUAGAACCGAGAAUGAAGACGGUGUUUCGACUCUUUAUUAUCUGCAGACGAUUUAUGCUGAUGAAUGGAAAAACUUUUUAGAACGAAUGAAACGUGAAGGAAUGAAGUCAGAUGAUGAAUUGUGGACGAUCAAACUUCGGGAUCUUAGACUCUGGGCUUCGUAUAGAGGUCAAACACUGGCCCGCACGGUUAGGGGAAUGAUGUAUUAUUACCGGGCUUUAAAAAUGCUCGCUUUUCUUGAUUCGGCUGCUGAGGUGGACAUUCGUGAAGGGUCAGUGGAACUCCGGUCUAUGAGACGUGGCGGCAGUGAUGGUGGUGGUGGUACAAUGGCGGCACGGGGGAUAAGUAGAGCCAAUAGUACGGUUAGUACUUUGUUCAAAGGCCAUGAAUACGGAACUGCUUUGAUGAAAUAUACGUACGUAGUUGCUUGUCAGAUUUAUGGGACUCAAAAGGUGAAAAAAGAUCCGCAUGCAGAUGAGAUUUUGUAUUUAAUGAAAAACAACGAAGCUCUUCGUGUUGCGUAUGUUGAUGAGGUGGUGGUGUCACAGAGCGUAUCGGAGUAUUACUCGGUUCUCGUGAAGUACGAUCAAGAAUUGGGAAAAGAAGUAGAGAUUUAUCGGGUCAAGUUGCCCGGCCCGUUAAAACUCGGAGAAGGAAAACCCGAGAAUCAAAAUCACGCCAUGAUUUUCACUCGUGGGGAUGCGGUACAAACAAUCGACAUGAAUCAAGACAAUUAUUUCGAAGAAGCACUCAAAAUGAGGAACUUACUGGAGGAAUAUCGAAGUUAUUAUGGUAUUCGUAAGCCAACUAUUUUAGGUGUUCGGGAAAAUAUCUUCACGGGCUCAGUUUCUUCACUAGCUUGGUUUAUGUCAGCCCAAGAAACAAGCUUUGUAACACUGGGUCAACGGGUUUUAGCCAACCCGUUAAAAAUCCGGUUGCAUUAUGGCCACCCAGACGUAUUUGACCGGUUCUGGUUCUUGACCCGUGGCGGGAUUAGUAAAGCUUCGAGGUUAAUCAACUUGAGUGAAGACAUUUUUGCGGGUUUUAACUGCACUUUACGAGGCGGUAACGUGACUCACCAUGAGUAUAUUCAAGUCGGGAAAGGAAGAGACGUGGGUUUAAAUCAAGUAUCGAUGUUUGAAGCGAAAGUUGCAAGCGGAAAUGGGGAGCAGGUUUUAAGCAGAGACGUAUACCGUUUGGGGCACAGGCUCGAUUUCUUCAGAAUGCUUUCGUUUUACUACACGACUGUCGGGUUCUUUUUCAACACUCUGAUGAUUUCAUUAACCGUUUACGUCUUUUUGUGGGGCCGACUGUAUCUGGCAUUAAGUGGGGUCGAGAGUUCCGUUGCAGAAAACGCUAAUACAAACCGAGCAUUGGGCACAAUUCUAAACCAACAGUUCAUCGUGCAACUCGGGCUUUUUACUGCGUUACCGAUGAUAGUCGAAAACUCUCUGGAGCUCGGGUUUCUCGCUGCCAUUUGGGAUUUCAUCACAAUGCAGCUACAGUUAUCAUCUGUUUUCUUCACUUUCUCAUUGGGUACUCGAGCUCAUUACUUCGGUCGAACGAUUCUUCACGGCGGGGCAAAAUACCGGGCCACAGGUCGAGGCUUUGUUGUCGAACACAAGAAGUUUGCCGAAAAUUACCGACUUUACGCCAGGUCUCAUUUCGUAAAGGCGAUUGAACUGGGGCUGAUACUCACAAUUUACGCAGGCUACAGCCCCGUUGCUAAAGGAACAUUUACUUACAUCGCAUUGACCAUUUCAAGCUGGUUUCUCGUGUUUUCAUGGAUCAUGGCACCGUUUGUGUUCAAUCCUUCCGGGUUCGAUUGGUUGAAAACCGUUUACGAUUUUGAGGAUUUCAUGGACUGGAUUUGGUUUCGAGGUGGCGUUUUCGCAAAGUCCGACGAGAGUUGGGAAGCAUGGUGGUAUGAAGAACAAGACCAUUUACGAACAACCGGCAUUUUCGGGAAAAUAUUUGAAAUCAUUUUGGAUUUGCGGUUCUUCUUUUUCCAAUACGGGAUCGUUUACCAAUUGGGUAUUGCAGCUGGUAGCAAAAGUAUCGUUGUCUACCUACUUUCUUGGAUCUACAUAAUCGUUGCCCUUGUAAUCUAUUCGAUUAUCGCAUACGCACGUGAAAAUUACGCGGCUAAGGAUCAUAUAUACUACCGGCUCGUCCAGUUCCUCGUUAUCAUUCUCGGGUCGCUUAUAAUCGCUGCCAUGAUUCAGUUCACCGAAUUCGAGUUUCUUGAUCUGUUCACGAGUCUGCUGGCGUUUAUUCCAACGGGCUGGGGUUUUCUGUUGAUUGCACAAGUGUUCAGACCCGUUUUGAAGAAUACAUGGAUCUGGGGUACGGUUGUUUCAGUGGCCCGAUUGUAUGACAUCUUGUUUGGAGUGAUUAUUAUGACUCCGGUGGCGUUUUUGUCAUGGAUGCCUGGUUUCCAAUCUAUGCAAACCCGAAUUUUGUUCAAUGACGCGUUUAGUAGGGGCUUGCAGAUAUUCAAGAUCCUUUCUGGAAAGAAAUCUAAAGUCGAAAAGCAGUAUUGAGGUAUUCAAGAUCCUUUUUUGAGAGAAACCUAAAGUUGAAAAGCGAAUUUUGAGGUAUAUGAUGCUGGAUGAUUAUAUGAACUCUGUAAAGUGCCAGUUUUACAAGUGCUGCUCUGUUUUGGUUUAUUUGGUUCGUCGCGGUUGAGGAAGUAGAUGAUAGCGUAGUGAAUUUGUGGUCUUUUGUCUAUACCAGUGUUCUAUUAAUUUUGGUGAAAAGCGCAGUCUGAAGAACAUAGGCUAUUAAUCUUGUGCAGUCUUGUUGACAGACGUUACACCCUAAUAUCUUGAAACUUUUGUUCUUAUUCAACUUAGUAGUUAUUUUAUCAUGCCAGGUUUGUUGCGUUAGAGAACGUACGUUUUCUGUUUUUUGUUGAUAGUAUUAAUCUUCUAGGGUCAUUUUGGUGUC